AUGUCAACAAAUGAAGGCAAUGAAAAUGACUCUUUUUCUGUCGAUGCUUCAAAUUCUGCCGCAAAUAAUGAUGAAGUAAAUACUGGUUCGGUGCGUUCUGGUCCAAGCAAUGAUUCCGAAGGUGGCUCAAAGGUUGUUUUUCUUCUUAAAGCAGCUGGUGGUGCACCAAUUUUAAAAAAGAAAAAAUGGGCAUUACCCAGAUCAAAAACCAUUGGUCAUAUUGUUGAAUUUUUAAAAAAAUACAUGCAACUUGAUGCACAACAACAGCAACAACUUUUUCUUUAUGUUAAUCAAGCCUUUGCACCAGCUCUUGAUACAACAAUUGGAUCGGUUAAUGAUUGUUUCAGUAGCGAAGGAACACUUGUCUUACAUUAUGCAUUAACCCAAGCAUGGGGAUAA